UGGAACGCGAGACCCGUUGCCGUACUUGCAUUGAGGCUAACGGGACAUCAAAGUUCUCACUCGCAUCGUCAGACGGUGCCUGGCACGGCACCGCCGUUCUUAUUUCUUAAGCCGGAAAUUCCCGCCCAGAGAGAGAGAGUGAUGGAGAUAGAGUUGGAGCCUCGGUUGAAAUCCUUGGCCUACAAAGUCAAGGGCAUGUCGCGAGAAUCCCCGUCGCAGAAGGCGACUCAUGUGCUCGACUCCGACCUUCGCUCUCAUUGGUCUACUGGUACCAACACCAAGGAAUGGAUCUUGCUCGAACUCGAUGAACCUGGCCUUCUAUCACAUAUACGGAUCUACAAUAAAUCUGUCCUCGAAUGGGAAAUUUCUGUUGGUUUGCGUUUUAAGCCAGAGACAUUUGUGAAAGUUCGCUCACGCUGUGAAGCACCUCGUAGGGACAUGACGUAUUCAAUGAGCUACACUCCGUGUCGCUUUGUGCGUAUAUCUUGUUUGAGGGGCAAUCCCAUUGCGAUUUUCUUCAUUCAGCUGAUUGGUGUUUCAGUGAUUGGUCUUGAGCCAGAGUUUCAACCAGUAGUUAAUUACAUGUUGCCGCACAUUGUGUUGCAUAAACAAGAUGCUCAAGAUAUGCAUCUUCAGUUGCUUCAAGACAUGACAAGUCGAUUGCUUAUGUUUCUUCCCCAACUUGAGGCAGAUCUUAACAGUUUUUCAGAUGUUGCAGAUUCAAACUUGCGUUUUCUUGCUAUGCUUGCUGGUCCAUUUUAUCCAAUUCUUCACAUUGUGAAAGAGAGAGUAAUUAUGAGGUCUUCAGGAAACAUUCCAGAAUCAGAAGGCUCUAAAUACAGUCAGCUAUCAUCAUCAUUAACUGUUUCCUCUAAUUUUGAGCCAAGGAGAUCACGUAGCACAAUACCUUAUGCCAUGCCUGUAUCCAGUUUUUUUGCGUUUCGUCCAAAUACAGUUUUUGCGCUGCUGAGGAAGGCAUACAAAGAUUCUCAUCUUGGAACAGUGUGCAGAAUUGCUGCUAGAGCCCUGCAUAAGCUCAUAGAACCUUCUACAGUGCAAGAAGCAUCAAUCUCUUCUAGCAAAGUCACAUCUUCCUUUUCAGAUGAAAUGUCAAAAUCUGUCUUAUCAGAUCCUGCUCUUUUAGUUGAUUACUCAAAUUUAUUUGGAGAAGAAUUUCGAAUACCUGAUGAUUGCUGGGAGUCCAGCUAUCUUAAUGUUCUGGAUAUUGGGGCAGUGGAAGAGGGGAUUUUGCACAUUCUUUAUGCAUGUGUAUCACAGCCUCUGCUCUGCUGCAAGUUGGCUGGUAGCAGUUCUGACUUUUGGUCUGCAUUACCGCUAGUACAAGCAUUGCUGCCAGCUCUUCGCCCUUCUGUAAAUAGCAAUGUUGAUCACGUCGAUGAUAGUUUUUCCCAGUGGAAACAGCCAUUUGUUCAACAAGCACUAGCUCAGAUUGUGUCCACAUUGUCAUCAUCAUUAUAUCGUCCACUUCUUCAUGCUUGCGCUGGCUAUUUGUCAUCAUUUUCACCAUCACAUGCAAAGGCUGCAUGUGUUCUGAUUGACCUGUGUUCUGGUGUGUUAGCACCGUGGAUGGCUCAAGUGAUUGCAAAGGUUGAUCUUGCCGUGGAGCUUUUGGAGGAUCUAUUAGGAACAAUCCAGGGAGCUCAACAUUCCUCCACUCAUGCUGACGCUCGAACUCGUGCUCGUGCUGCAUUCAAAUUUAUUGUGCUUGCUUUAUCUGGGUAUAUGGAUGAUAUACUAGGAAAAUAUAAGGAAGUCAAGUACCACAUUCUCUUUCUUGUGGAGAUGCUAGAGCCUUUUAUUGAUCCUGCUAUGAUUGCCUCGAAGAGUACAAUAGCUUUUGGAGAUGUAUCCCCCCUUUUUUCUGAAAAGCAGGAGCAAACUUGUCUGAUUGCCCUCAACAUUAUUCGAACUGCUGUACAAAAGCAUGCUGUGCUUCCUUCUCUGGAAUCUGAGUGGAGGCGUGAAACAGUUGCUCCUAGUGUACUUCUCUCUAUAUUGGAUCCUCGCAUGCAAUUACCUCGAGAAAUCGACCUUUGCAAGCCUUCUGUGUCUAAACCUCUUGAGCAAGAAUCUUCGAAUGCUUCAUCUGUUUCCUCUAUCCUUUCACAUAGAGGAGCCUCGUCCAAGUCCAACUGUGCUGACAGCGCUGAUGGAAAGAUAGAUGUUUCUGAUAUGUCCCCUAAGGUGGAUACUUUUGAAGAUGUCAGCCUCUUUUUUGCUCCCCCAGAAUUGAGAAGCAUGGCUCUGACAAAUAUAUUUACUAAUUCAGAUAGGAAUGUUUCAGAUUCUUGCCAUGGAGAUAUCAGCAUGAGUGAGAGACACAGGGUUGAGGAGGAUUUGACUGAUCAGCCUCAGAAUGGCCCUGUGUUGGAUGCUGGUUUUUCUGUUGAGUACUUUAACUUGCAUGCAGAUUAUAUGCAAGUUAUGAACUAUCGGGACUGUGAGCUUAGGGCUUCUGAGUUUCGGCGACUGGCUUUAGAUCUACACUCACGGGAUGAUAUAACUCUUGAGGGUCAUGAAGCUGCUAUAGAUGCUUUGCUCUUGGCUGCAGAGUGCUUUAUCAAUCCCUUCUUCAUGACAUCAGUUAGAGGCAGUCCAAGUGUUAUGAACCAGAUGAACAUUGGUGGGACAAGAAAUCCACAGAACUAUGGAUUUUCAGAGUUGAAGAGGGUUUUUGAAGAGAAUUGGAACUUGGAAACAUUAUCUCACCUUGAAAGGAAAAGAGAUAAAAUUGUUCUCGAACUAUUGCUCGAGGCUGCUAAAUUAGAUAUAACAUAUAAGACAAAGCUUACAGAUGGAGAACAUUGUCCUUACUCAUCUGAAGGGAAUGAAAGGCAUUUGUUGAGUUUAUCUCUGAUUGAUACACAAUCUGCUGAUGCAAUCACCUUGGUUCGACAGAAUCAGGCUUUAUUGUGCAAUUUUUUGAUUCAGAGAUUGCAAAGAGACCAACAUUUCUUGCAUGAUAUACUCAUGCAGAGUCUUCUGUUUCUGUUGUGCACGUCGACUAAGUUGUUCUGCAGUCCUGAACUUGUGAUUAAUAUCAUUCUUGGGUCUGCUGAGUACUUGAAUGGGCUUCUUAUAACCUUUUAUAAUCAAUAUAAAGAAGGCAUUCUCCAAUUGGAUCCAGAAAAGGUACACAGUGUAGAACGCCGCUGGAUGCUUCUUCAACGAUUGGUCAUUGCUUCAAGUGGUGGCAAUGAGGGGUCAGACCUUGCAAACAGUGUGAAUAAUGGUUUUCGGUAUGAGAAUCUGAUUCCACCUUCAGCCUGGAUACAAAAAAUACCUACAUUUUCUUGUAGUGAUUUCCCUCUAGUUCGAUAUCUUGGUUGGAUGGCAGUGUCUCGUAAUGCUGAACUGUAUCUAAAAGGGCAGUUGUUUCUUGCAUCUGAUCUGUCACAGUUGACAAAUUUGUUAUCCAUUUUUGCUGAAGAGCUUGCGCGGGUAGAUAAUGUUGUUAAUAAGAAAGAUGAAGAUGUGAAGAUUGAACAAUUGGGAGUCAACUAUAAUCUUCAUAUUAGUAAAAGACCAGACCAUCCUGGCCAACAAAAAGGAGACCAAUUUUUUGGUGCUGUGUACCCUGAACUCAGCAAGUUCUUUCCAAAUAUGACAAAACAGUUUGAAGCUUUUGGGGAAAUUAUUUUGGAGGCUGUUGGAUUGCAAUUGAGAUCUCUUUGUUCUAGUAUUCUGCCUGAUAUUUUGUGUUGGUUUUCCAAUUUGUGCUCAUGGCCAUUUCUCCAAAAGGAACAAUUUUCUGUUAGAAAAAGUCCUGAUGAUUAUAAAGGUUACGUUGGAAGGAAUGCCAGAGCAAUCAUCUUGUACAUUCUUGAAGCCAUUGUAGUUCAGCACAUGGAAGCGAUGGUUCCCGAAAUACCUAAAGUGGUGCAAGUGCUUGUGUCCUUAUGCAGAGCCUCAUACUGUGAUGUGUCAUUUCUCACCUCCAUAUUGCAUUUACUGAAGCCAAUUGUCUCAUAUUCUUUAAGUCAUGUGGCUAAUGAGGAAAAUUUAUUGAGUGAUGAUUCAUGCCUUAAUUUUGAGUCAUUAUGUUUUGAUGAGCUUUUUAGUAAUAUUAGAGACAAAAGGGAGAAUCGAGAUGGUGCUGCAGAAAAGGUAUACAGCAGGGCACUGACAAUAUAUAUUUUGGCUUCUGUAUUUCCGGAUCUAUCCAUUCAGCGCAAAAGAGAUUUCUUACGGUACUUAAUUGUGUGGGCUGAUUUUGGAAAUUUUGAGCCAACAACAUUAUUUCAUGACUACCUUGGCUCGUUUCAGACUGCUAUGGAAAGUUUUGAAUCUUUAUUUGUUCAUACUCUAAGAGCGUUUGGAGUUAUCCCACUUCAUAUGUCUCACUUUCCUGAGCUAGGGGCUGGCGUGCUCCAUGAUGAUAGCUCAGAAUUGCAUUUGUGGUUUCUUAAUGAUAUUUGCCAUGGCUCUAGUUCAUCCGAGUCUUCUGAGAAGUUAGAAAGUGACAAAGGUGAUGGUGUUCUGUUAAAUCAAAAGUUUUGUCCUUUAUCUGCUGAGGAAAUUGGCUAUUUUUCUAACGACUUGGAGUGUGUCAUUUCGAAGCUUAAUCCGACAAUAGAGCUCUGUUGGAAACUUCAUCAUCAAUUGGCAAAGAAGCUGGCGCUAACAACUGCACGGUGUUUUAUUUACUCAAGGUGCUUAUCUUCAAUUGCACAGAAAGUGCAUGAUAACAAAGAGGGUGUUGUUGAAAACCCUUGUCCGUCUAACUUUGUUGAUGAGUUCCUGUUUCCUUGGAGAAUUGGUCUUGAAGAACUUGCUGAAAUAAUUUUGAUGCUUCAAGAAAAUCAUUGUUGGGAAGUUGCAUCCUUGUUGCUGGAUUGUCUACUUGCAGUGCCCAAGUGUUUUCACUUAGAUAAUCUGAUUGGCACCAUAUGUUCUGCUAUCAAGAAUUUCACCUGCAGUGCCCCUAGAAUUUCUUGGCGGUUGCAGGCUGAUAAAUGGUUGUCAAUCUUAUUUGCAAGAGGUGUCCAUAGUCUUCAUGGAAGUGAGGUUCCUCUUGUUGAUCUAUUCUCUAUACUGCUGUGUCAUCCUGAGCCUGAGCAGCGCUCUAUUGCACUUUGUCACUUAGGAAGACUUGUAGGCCAAGAUGUGGUUAGUGAAACAGCAAUAUUAUCUUCAACACUUUGUAGUAAGUUAGUUCCAUCUGGCACAGUUAUUUCUGCAUCUGAGUCGGUUCUGCCUCUUCUGGUUUCAAGUACGUGGGAUCGGGUGGUUGCAGUUGCAUCAUCAGAUUCAUCAUUUCUUCUAAGAAUUCGUGCAAUGGUAGUUCUAGUAGAUUACAUCCCCUUUGCAGAUCGGUGCCAGAUACAAUCAUUUCUUGUGGCUUCUGACAGUGCUUGUUUUGAUUUGGGAAAACUUGAGCACGCAGGAUUUGAUGGUCCAUUAAGACAAAUUUCAUUAGCACUCAUUGCUUGUGCUUGUUUGCACUCUCCAGCCGAAGAUUUUUCUUUGAUUCCUGAAAAUGUUUGGAUAAAUAUUGAAACCAUAGGAAUGUCAAAAUCUGAAGGAAGGCUUGGAGAUUUAGAGAAAAAAGCUUGCCUGGCUUUAUGUAGACUACGAAAUGAAGGGGAUGAAGCCAAAGAGGUGCUGAAAGAAGUGCUCUCUUCAAGUGGUUCAAAAGAAUGUGCCCCUGAUUUUGGAAUUACCCGUGAAUCAAUUCUUCAGGUCCUUGCCAAUCUAACUUCUGUUCAGUCAUACUUUGAUUUCUUCUCAAAUAAAGUUACCAAAGAAGUUAUGGCACAAGAGGAAGCUGAAAUAGAGAUGGAGAUUGUUCAAAAAGAAUGCGCACAUGGGGAACCCUCUAGAGAUUUCAAGGAAAAGCAUUGGGGUCCUCUCCUAGCCACUAAUAUAAAGGAUGAUAACCGACUUCAGCAAAUAAAGGAUUGCAUUCGUUCCAUAGAGAAAUCCAAAAUCAGAGAAGAUGUAGUAGCCCGCAGGCAAAAGAAACUUCUUAUGAGGCGUGCCCGUCAAAAAUAUCUAGAUGAGGCAUCUAUACGAGAGGCAGAACUGCUGCAGGAACUUGAUAGAGAGAGGAGUACUGAAUUAGAAAGGGAGAUAGAGAGACAGCGGCUCCUGGAGCUUGAACGUGCAAAAACCAGAGAACUCCGUCACAAUCUUGACAUGGAGAAGGAAAGGCAAACACAGAGAGAACUGCAGCGGGAUCUAGAGCAAAUGGAAUCUGGAAACCGGGCGUCACGAAGAGAUUUUUCUACUCAUAGCAGUCGACCCCGGGAAAGGUAUCGAGAAAGGGAAAAUGGACGAUCAGGUAAUGAAGGAAGCUUAAGAGCAAGCACUAGUAGCCUUGUCCCUGAAACUGCAUUGGCUAUUUCAUCCUUGGCAAGUAUGCCCCCUGUUGUUUUGUCUGGGCCUCGGCCAUUUUCUUCAGGUCAGCUGCCAACUAUUCUACAUUCGCGUGACCGUCCCGAUGAAUGCAGCAGCAGUUAUGAAGAAAAUUUUGAUGGGAGCAAAGACUCCGGCGACACAGGCAGCAUUGAAGAUCCAGAGUUGGUACCAGCAUUUGAUGGAACGCCUGGCGUGUUUGGGCCUGUUCAAAGGCAUGGGUCCAGAGGAGGGAGCAAGUCUAAACCUCCUAUGGAGCGGAGGGAGCGGGAUGGUAGACGUGAAGGGAAAUGGGAGAGAAAACAUCCAUAAUUACUGGCUGGUAAAAACUCAAGAUAUAAUUUUGGGUGUAUAUAUGAAAUUUACGCAAAUCUGACAUUAGCAGUGUUCCAAAAUCUUUAUGCCAUCGUGCUUUAAAGGUUGCCAUCUCGUAGUGUUUUGUUUUCUUUAGAGCCUGCUUGUCGGUGCUUCGCUUCAGUACAAUUAAGGUCCCUAGAAGGGCAAGCUCAUAUGAUUAUUGUUGUAAGCAGAAAGCGUGGAGGUGAUGAGAAAGAAAAAUGCUUUCAGAUGUGAAUUUUCAUGCAUUUUCUGAAUUGAUAUUCUGGCUACUUGUGGAAAUUGGGUUAAGGGUUGUCCAAAAGAACCAACCUGUUUUGUUCACCA